AUGGAAUGUGCUUUUAAAGAGGGACAUGAGAAAGAAUAUCCUAACCUUUUUGAAAUGGUAAAAGAUAUUGUCAGAAAGUGCAGAGGGGUUCCAUUGGCAGUGAAAACUUUAGGGAGUCAACUAUACUCAAAGACUGAUGAACGGGAAUGGAAAUUGGUGAGAGAUUCUGAGAUAUGGAAAUUAGAGCAGGAAGGUAGUGGUCACAUUUUACCUGCUUUGAAAUUGAGUUAUACCCGAUUGCCUCCUCAUUUGAGACAAUGUCUUGCUUAUUGUUCCCAUCUACGAAAGGAUAUGAUGGGAUUUAAUAGUUGUCAAUUGAUCAGAUAUUGGAUGGCACAUGGAAUCAUUGAUCAGUCUCAUGUUCAUGGAAAUAUGGAGUUGGAAGACAUCGGAGAGCUAUAUUUUAAGGAUUUAUGGGCGAGAUCCUUCGUUCAAAAUUUGCACAAGACUGCAGAGCUUGCAAACUCUAUAUCUUGA